GGGGCAACUCUUUUUUUGAGUCGCGACAUGGGGACAAUUUUUCACCACGAAAUACCACUGCGAGAGUCAGACGUAGAAAGAUCACAAUGUUGUACCUCGUGGGACUUGGUCUCUCUGACGAGACAGAUAUUACUGUCAAGGGUCUUGAGGUCGUUAAGAAAGCCUCCAGGGUCUAUCUGGAGGCUUAUACUAGCAUUCUGCUUGUCGAGCAAUCUGUCUUGGAAUCGUACUAUGGACGAUCCAUCACUGUAGCUGACCGUGAGAUGGUUGAGUCAAACAGCGACGAGAUCCUCCGAAAUGCGCAGAACGAAGAUGUUGCGUUCCUUGUAGUUGGAGAUCCCUUCGGAGCUACCACUCAUACGGAUCUCGUGCUUCGUGCUCGGGAACUCGAAAUCCCUGUCCGAACCGUUCCCAAUGCCUCCAUCAUGUCCGGGAUUGGCGCAUGCGGUCUACAGCUCUACAAUUUUGGACAAACCGUGUCCAUGGUUUUUUUCACUGAUACAUGGAAGCCCGCAUCUUUCUACGAUCGGAUAAAGGAGAACCGUCAAAUCGGCUUACAUACGCUAGUCUUGGUCGAUAUCAAGGUUAAGGAGCAGAGUCUCGAAAAUAUGGCCCGAGGUCGUCUGGUCUACGAGCCUCCUCGCUACAUGACUGUUGGCCAGUGUGCAAAGCAGAUGCUAGAGAUUGAGGAUGAGCGUAAGGAGGGUGUCUAUACCAAGGACAGUCUGGCCAUUGGCGCUGCUCGCGUGGGAGGUAAGACGGAGAAGUUCGUGGCCGGUACUUUGGAGGAGCUUUGCUCCACCGACGAGGUGCUAGGGCCUCCUCUUCACAGUCUCGUCCUCCUUGGUCGAAGGACACACGAGCUGGAGCUUGACUACGUCCGGCAGUUUGCGGUUGACAAGGAGAAGUGGGAUAGACUAUGGAAAGCUGAGUACGGAAAGCAGCUGUGAACUGUUGCUAAUAUUGUCAUGAAUUCGUAUCGCCUUUGAUAAAAGUCCUAUCGUACAAGCGAGAUUUGCAUUAUUCAGAACAUUACUCUCGCGAAGCGCGCCAAGAUCGCACAUCCCCUUCCGAAAUCUCCCUCAAUGUGUUGGGCGAAGCAGGCUUGCCAGUGACGGCGCUGGAAGCAAUGUCGGCAGCGCGGCUCAGCAGGUUCUUGGAAACGAGAGAAUAGGUGACCGAUACUGUCUUGACGCGGAUGAUUCCGAUACGAGGGUCAUUCUCAGAACCAUCAUGGACACCGUCACCGAGAUCACCAAGCCAAGCCUUGAGUGUAGGGCUGUAGUGCUUGGAAACAAGACUUCUAUCUGUGCUAAUACUAGCAUUGCCAGCAAUGGAAGCCCACUCUCCGGAGGCGUUGAUGAAAGAAACGUUGACGUGAGGGUCAGCAUCGAGGUCGUCGGUCUUGCCAGACUCCGUGUUGGUGUGGAAGAGAAGGUCAAUGCCUCCAGUCUCCUGCAGUAGGGUCAGAUAGAGUCUCAAUUCCAAUCAAAGGCACACAUACUGUGGCAGCCAGUGCCAUGCAGCGAGAUACAAGGUUACCAGAGCCUGAGCCCCGGGUGGUCAUCAUGCCAAACUUCUCCUUGGUGAUGAAGUGGACAAGAUCCUCAAUCUUGGUCUGGAGGGGCACCUCCUCGGCGUUUGCCUUCUUGUAAGGAUCGGCAGGGACAUCGCCGGUGUUUGCGUUAGAGAAAGACAUCUUGCUUAGUUUGGUACGUAGUGGGAGUGUUUUGGGUUGUUGAUGUUGAUGUUUGAAGAUAAGAUCAAAGCUCAAGCACAAAAGCUGAGGCUUCGCCAGCAGAUUUAUAUACCUCCUACCAAACAGGCUAUUGCUUACACAUCAUACCUUAAGGUAGCAUGCAAGCCAUC